GUUAGCGUUAGCGCGCGCCAAAUCAUCAAACAUGAAACACGUGAUUGUAAUCUUCGCCUCCCUGAUCGUAUUCUGUGCCGCUCAGGCCCAGGAUGACGUGCAGCUAGUGCAAUUCACCAACGACAACAACGUCGAUGGAAGCUACAAUUUUGCCUACGAACAGAGCGAUGGACAGAAGCGAGAGGAAAAGGGUGAGCUGAAGCCGGUGGAAGGAGCCGAUGAGCCUGCCCUGUCCGUGACCGGUUCGUACGAAUAUACUGACCCCAACGGACAGCGGUACCGUGUGGAUUAUGUUGCUGACGAGAGAGGAUACCGCCCGACGGUGACCAAGCUGUAG